AUGUUGAAGAUGUUUGACUGUAGAUUAGAACCUUGUGACACUACAGUGUAUGCUUUCAAUGCAUCUGAACCCCUCCCCAUGCUGGGUAAAUUCAAGGCUUUAGUGGAAUCCAAGUGUCAAUCAAUUGACUCUGAAUUUCUCAUGGUAGAUGGUAAAACAUCCCUUCUUGGAUAUGCAACUGCUACAGACCUUGGAAAACUGCAAAUCACAAAUGCUGUGUCUGUGGAAGGGAACAUGUUCCAAAACUACCCAAGUCUGUUCAGUGGUCUUGGAAGGAUGAAAAAUGUUGAGGUCAAAUUGCAUAUUGAUGAGACUGUGUACAAGUGCCUUAGUUUUGGCAUAAAUGCUGCGGCUGAAAAAUUUCAGGGUGUAAUUGCUACUGCUAUCGGUGACAUUCCCAGUGUCAAGAACAUUAGCGAUGAUGUCAUCAUCUAUGGAAUCAACACAGAGGAGCGUGACAAGACCCUGCAUGUUGUCCUUACCCAUUUCUAG